AUGACAGUCCCAAAAGAAGUUUCCCCAUCAGACGAAAUUAAAGGUGCUCCAGCAGUUCCAUAUUAUACCCCAAAUCAACCAGUUAGAGCCGGUACAUUUUACCAAGAUGAAUCAAAUCAAAACCAAGAUCCGCCAGCUCUUUUCCAACCAUUGAAAGUUGGUCCACUCACUUUGCAAAAUAGAAUUGGUGUUUCGCCAAUGUGUCAAUACUCCGCCAAUGAUAAAUUAGAAGCAACUCCAUAUCAUUUGAUUCACUAUGGCGCUUUAGUCACUAGAGGUCCUGGUAUAACCAUUGUUGAAAGUACAUCAGUAAGUCCAGAGGGUGGAUUAAGUCCACAUGAUUUAGGAAUUUGGACAAAAGAACAAGCCGAAAGCUUGAAACCUGUUGUUGAAUAUGCUCAUUCGCAAAAGCAAUUGAUUGCUAUUCAAUUAGGACAUGGAGGUAGGAAAGCAACAGGACAACCGCCAUUUUUGCAUUUGGAACAAGUUGCUGAUGAAUCAGUUGGUGGAUGGCCCGACAAUACUGUGGCUCCAUCAGCUGUGGCAUUUAGGCCACAUGGUAAUUAUCCUGUACCUCACGAAUUAAGUGUAAAAGACAUCAAGAGAAUUAUUAAGGAAUUUGGUGAAGCUGCCAGAAAAGCAGUUGAAAUUAGUGGAUUCGAUGCUGUUGAGGUCCAUAGUGCUCAUGGAUAUCUCUCCAAUGAGUUCUACAGUCCAAUUUCAAACAAGAGAACCGAUGAAUAUGGGGGCAGUUAUGAAAACAGAGUGAGGUUUUUGUUGGAGGUUAUUGAUGAAAUCAAGGCAAAUAUUGAUAUCAAUAAAACGCCUAUAUUUGUCAGAAUCUCUGCUUCUGAAAAUAGUCCUGAUCCAAAUGCAUGGUCAAUUGAUGAUUCCAAGAAAUUGGCUGACUUGUUAAUUGAAAAAGAGGUUAGUUUACUUGAUGUUUCCUCCGGUGGAAAUGACUACAGACAAGCAGCAAGAUCCAACAUUGAUGCGAAACAGAGAGAACCAAUUCAUGUACCAUUCGCACGUGCCUUGAAGCAACAUGUUGGUGAUAAAUUAGUAGUUAGUUGUGUUGCUGAAUUGGAUAAAGAUGUUCACCAAUUAAAUCGUUUUGUCGGAGAAGGUGUUUUCGAUUUGGCAUUGAUUGGUAGAGGUUUUUUGAGAAACCCCGGUUUGGUUUGGAGCAUAGCUGAUGAAUUGGGAGUUCGAUUGCAUCAGGCAUUACAGUUAGGUUGGGGAUUCUGGCCUAACAAGCAACAAAUUAUUGACUUGAUUGCCAGGACUGAGAAAUUAAGCACCAAGGAUUAA